AUGUCAUCGUUGGGCUUGGCGGAGGACGGCGAGGGGGCGCUGUAUUCCGCCACGGCCGAUUGCCUGCACGUGCAGCAGAUUGACGACCUCGAUCGCGCUGCUGCUGCGAGCGCGCUCGUAUCUUGUGACGCUGACAGCACCGCCCGCAGUAGGUGGCGCUUGUGGAGCCGUGGGCUUCUGGGCGGCCUUCUGGGCGUUGCAGCUUUGAGAGCACGCGGCUCGCAACCCGAGUGGUGGAAAAAGGGAGGGUGCCAGAAGUGGCGACGAAGGGACCAGCGACCCGUGGAGAAAGCACUGAACAUUAUCUCCUGCGCGCCUUUCUUUCUCGUCGCCCUUAACACUCCAAGGGCGAGCGAGUGUCCCAAGGCCCGUCUGUACAGCCAGUCAGUGAUGGGCAUUGGUGCGGCGGCCAUGGCGUACCAUGCGUCAUCGGGGCCCAUUUCCCGCCCCAUUCUCCACUGGCUCGACUGCACCAUGAUUGCUCUCUCCACUCUCUGCUUUUCGCGAGCAGUCCUGCCUGAGGACGAGCAUUCAGCGGCGCUCUUGGCGGUGUCCACAGCCAUGGUGCCGGUGCGCCCGUCCCUUGUCAUGGGCCUGCACUGGAGCCUUCUUGAGGCCAAUUUCUGGAGGAGGUCUCGAGGGGACCCUUCACUGGCGCGAGCGCAUUCACUGCACGCUGCCACAGCGGUGACGGCAGGCGCUGCCAUGCUGGCGGACAAGACGGUGGCGCACCACCCUGCCGUGCACGCGCUGUGGCACGUCGUGGCUGCUGGUGUGCUCCACACUGCUAACGUGCUGCUCACCCCUCCCAUUUCUCUUUCAAGCUAA